AUGGAUGAGCACGACGUACAAUUGCCAAACCAGUAUGAUCAUGGACAGAUAAUCAUAGGCCGAUUAUUUCAUGGAACAAAGGAUCGAUUUGAGCAAAAAAUCAUGGAACCAUUGAAACUUCGCACAAUCAAUGAACAGCAAUCAAUAUCCAGUUCAUCACUACCGGAUACUCCACAAUAUACUCCGCCAAGCAAAGGUGGAUCAAUCACCGAUGAGGAUCGAUUUGAGCAAAAAAUCAUGGAACCGUUGAAACUUCGCACAAUCAAUGAACAACAAUCAAUAUCCAGUUCAUCGCUACCGGAUACUCCACAAUAUACUCCGCCAAGCAAAGGUGGAUCAAUCACCGAUGAAGAUCGAACACUACCAACUGCCGCUUACAAUUUUAAAGUGGAAAGCGGAAAAGAAAAUCAUAAGGUGAGGAAUAUUAAAAUGACAAUAAGUAGGUUUUUUAGUGGUACGUAUAAGAGGCAAAUACAAAGAAUGCUCCCAGUAAAUAACCGCAAAAUAUUGUAAUU